UUGUUUUUUAGUUAAUUCUGCUGACCGAAUAAUCCGUGUGUAUGAGAGUGGUGAAGUGUUGGCAUGUGGUAAAGAUGGUGAACCAGAACCAAUACAAAAAUUACAAGAUUUAGUCAAUAGGACACCAUGGAAGAAAUGUUGCUUCUCUGGUGAUGGAGAAUACAUAGUUGCAGGGUCGGCACGACAACACGCUUUGUAUAUAUGGGAAAAAAGUAUUGGAAAUUUGGUGAAAAUAUUACAUGGUACACGAGGAGAAUUAUUAUUAGAUGUUGUAUGGCAUCCUGUUAGACCCAUUAUAGCCUCAGUAUCUAGUGGUGUGGUAUCAGUAUGGGCACAGAACCAAGUAGAAAAUUGGAGUGCUUUUGCUCCUGAUUUUAAAGAGUUAGAUGAAAAUGUAGAGUAUGAAGAAAGAGAAAGUGAAUUUGACAUUGAAGAUGAAGACAAAUCAGUAGAGGAUCCUGUUGAUUCUAAUACGCUAGAAGAUGAAGAAGUGGAUGUUACAACAGUUGAUUCUAUUGUGGCGUUUGUUAGUAGUGAUGAGGACGAUGAAGACAAAAAUGCACUAUUAUAUUUACCAAUAUCACCAGAGGUGGAUGAACCUGAAGGGGGAUGGGGUCCAGCAACAGCUGAUCCUACUGAUGAAGCCAGCCUCACAUCACAACAACAACAGCAGCAGCAGCAGCACCAACAAAAACGAAGUGGUGAUUUAGCUUCGCCUUCACCCAAGAAGAAAAAGGUCAAAACAGUCGAGAUUGAAAUGGAAGGUGCUCCAUUAGAUGAAAUUCAUCCGUUGUUGAAUACCAAAGGAGAUGGAAAAUCACGGAAAAAGAACACGCAAAGUAAAAAAAAGAAAACAUCAAAGCAUCGGGAUACCACUGAAAGUAGAGACUCAACCAGUGUGCUGUCAACAGAAGAUUUAAUCACAGAGGCUUAACACACUUUCAUCUACAGCAUUCCUUUUAUUUUUUUUUUAAAAUAGGUUGUUGCUAAUGCAAUGUCAAUUCAUAGUUUUUUUUCUAUCGUAAAUUAAACCAUUGCUUUGAAAGUGACAAUUGCCGACACCAUUUUGUAAAUAUAUUUCCAUGUUUUAUCAUUCAUAUAGUUUAGAUGUAUAUACAAUAAACUACAAUAUGAUCUUA